CAUUUUCUGUUUCCUGUGACGAUUCUCUAUAUAAUGCUCUCACAACCUCCCUUGUUCUCCAUUUUCAAGCUCAAAGUCAAGUUCUCCAGCCUUACGGGCAGUAUAACUGUCAGAGAGCCUAAGAGGCGCGUGCACACACUCCUGACUGCCAACUGGAACGGGUGCUGUUUUGGUCUGAAACAAACUGCCCAGACUCUUGGCAGAGACGCCUGCAACUGCCGGGAAUGUCAGGCCAGCCACUAGCUGGUGAGAAAUACGAUUUUCAGUACACUCGCCAUGAAGUCACUUCUUAGUGACAUACUUUUCCCCAGUUGAUUCGAUCGUCGGAAUCCAUCCUCUAAAAUUACUGAAUCAUGUUUAUCCACUUACAUGUGCCAUGUACUCUAUUCAUGUCCCACAAAUCCACUGCUGGUUACACUAAACGUGUUAACCAACCAGUGGUGUCAGUUUU